AUGGGCGAUGUGUGGCUGGCCCGGCUCCUGCUGGGCUGCUGGGCUGUGCUGGCCGUGGCCCCGGCCCGGGGACAAUACGAGGGGGACUCGCAGCCUGAGAGAUUCGCAGCCUACGAGGAGAGAGCCCCGAGCAGAGUGAGGAGAAGGGGCCAGGACUCGCUGCGAGGCCCAAAUGUUUGCGGUUCGAGGUUCCAUUCCUACUGCUGUCCCGGCUGGAAAACUCUGCCUGGAGGGAACCAGUGCAUUGUCCCGAUCUGCAGGAAUUCCUGCGGGGAUGGAUUCUGCUCCCGGCCCAACAUGUGCACCUGCUCCAAUGGACAACUGUCCCCAAACUGCGGCUCUGCUGGAGUGCAGAGCUGCAGCGUGCGGUGCAUGAACGGGGGCAGCUGCUCCGAGGAAUCCUGCCUGUGCCAGAAGGGAUUCACUGGGACCUACUGUGGGCAGCCUGUGUGUGAGAACGGCUGCCAGAACGGGGGCAGGUGCAUCGGCCCCAACCGCUGCGCCUGCGUCUACGGCUUCACCGGGCCCCAGUGCGAGAGAGACUAUCGCACGGGGCCGUGCUUCAGCCAGGUCAACAACCAGAUGUGCCAGGGCCAGCUGAGCGGCAUCGUGUGCACCAAGACCCUGUGCUGUGCCACCAUCGGCCGCGCCUGGGGCCACCCGUGCGAGAUGUGCCCGGCGCAGCCGCACCCCUGCAGGCGCGGCUUCAUCCCCAACAUCCGCACCGGAGCCUGCCAGGGGAAUGCUGACAUCCCUGCUGAGGCCAUCCCUGGCCUGUGCCAAGGUGGGAAUUGCAUCAACACCGUGGGAUCCUACGAGUGCAAAUGUCCUGCAGGGCACAGGCAGAGCGAGAGCAGCCACAGGUGUGAAGACGUGGAUGAGUGUGGGGCCAUGCCCGGGGUGUGUGAUGGUGGUGACUGCACCAACACCGUGGGCAGCUACGUGUGCUCCUGCCCCCGAGGCUUCAUCAGCAGCCCCGAUGGAUCCCGAUGCCUUGACCAGCGUUUGGGGACGUGUUUCUCGGCGCUGCUGGGUGGCCGCUGUGCCGGGGACAUUCCGGGCCAGGCCAGCAGGAUGCAGUGCUGCUGUGACUCGGGGCGCUGCUGGGCCAUCGGCCAGACCCCCGAGAUGUGCCCGGUGCGGGGCUCGGACGAGUACCGCAGGCUCUGCAUCGAGGGACUCCCGGUGGUGCCAGGAUUCCCCGGGAACUUCCCAGGAAUUCCUGGAUUCGGACCCAACGGAGUCGGACCGGGACUGAACGGGCCCGGAGGGAUCGGCCCGAACGGGGCAAACGGGCAGGGAGGGAUCCCGGGGCUGCCCGGGAUGGGUCCCGGGAGCUCCAGCAUCGGGACGGCCACGCUGAACCAGACCAUCGACAUCUGCAAACAUUUCACCAACCUGUGCCUGAACGGGCGCUGCAUCCCCACCCCGUCCAGCUACCGCUGCGAGUGCAACAUGGGCUACAAGCAGGACGUCCGAGGGGAGUGCAUUGAUGUGGAUGAGUGCUCGAGCAGCCCCUGUGUCCACGGCGACUGCGUCAACACGCCGGGCUCCUACCACUGCAAGUGCCACGAGGGCUUCCAGAGCACCCCCACCAAGCAGGCCUGCAUUGACAUUGACGAGUGCAUCAUGAACGGGGUGAUGUGCAGGAACGGGCGCUGCGUCAACACCGACGGCAGCUUCCAGUGCAUCUGCAACGCCGGCUUCGAGAUCACCCCCGACGGCAAGAACUGCGUUGACCAUGACGAGUGUGCCACCACCAACAUGUGCCUCAACGGGAUGUGCAUCAACGAGGACGGGAGCUUCAAAUGCAUCUGCAAACCCGGCUUUGUGCUGGCCCCCAACGGGCGCUACUGCGUGGACAUCGACGAGUGCGAGACCCCCGGGAUCUGCAUGAACGGCUGGUGCAUCAACACGGAGGGCUCGUUCCGCUGCGAGUGCCUGGGGGGUUUGGCCAUCGGCGUGGACGGCCGGGUGUGUGUGGACACCCACAUGCGCAGCACCUGCUACGGGGGCAUCAAAAAGGGCACCUGUGCCCGCCCCUUCCCCGGCGCCGUCACCAAAUCCGAGUGCUGCUGUGCCAACCCCGACCACGGCUUCGGGGAGCCCUGCCAGCCCUGCCCGGCCAAGAACUCCGCGGAAUUCCAGGCUCUCUGCAGCAGCGGCAUCGGGAUCACGGCUGAUGGCAGAGACAUCAACGAGUGUGCCCUGAACCCUGACAUCUGCCCCAACGGGAUGUGUGAGAACCUGCGGGGCAGCUACCGCUGCAUCUGCAACCUGGGCUACGAGUCCGACCCCACGGGCAAGAACUGCGUGGAUGUGGACGAGUGCAGCGUGAACCGGCUGCUGUGUGACAAUGGGCUGUGCAGGAACACCCCGGGCAGCUACACCUGCACCUGCCCCAAGGGCUUCGUGUUCCGCACCGAGACCGACACCUGUGAAGACAUCAACGAGUGCACGUCCAACCCGUGUGUGAACGGGCUGUGCCGGAACAACGCGGGCUCCUUCGCCUGCGAGUGCUCCCCGGGCAGCAAACUGGACCCCAGUGGCACCAUCUGCGUGGACAGCAUGAAGGGAACCUGCUGGCUCAACAUCCAGGACGGGCGCUGCGAGGUCAACAUCAACGGUGCCACGCUGAAAUCCGAGUGCUGUGCCACCCUGGGGGCAGCCUGGGGCAGCCCCUGCGAGCGCUGCGAGAUCGACACCGCCUGUCCCCGGGGCUACGCCCGCAUGAAGGGCGUCACCUGUGAAGACGUGAACGAGUGCGAGGUGUUCCCGGGCGUGUGCCCCAACGGGCGCUGCGUGAACUCCGCCGGCUCCUUCCGCUGCGAGUGCCCCGAGGGGCUGACCCUGGAUGGCACCGCCAGGACCUGCGUGGACGUGCGGGUGGAGCAGUGUUACAUGCGCUGGGACGAGGACGAGUGCACGGAGCCGCUGCCCGGGAAGUUCCGCAUGGAUUUGUGCUGCUGCUCCGUGGGCUCCGCCUGGGGCUCGGACUGCGAGGAGUGUCCCCGUGCGGGCUCGGCCGAGUUCAAGGCUCUGUGUCCCCGCGGGCCCGGCUUUGCCAACCGGGGGGAUGUGCUCUCGGGACGGCCCUUCUACAAAGAUGUGAACGAGUGCAAGGUGUUCUCUGGGCUCUGCACCCACGGCACCUGCAGGAACACCAUCGGCAGCUUCAGGUGCAUCUGUGGCAAUGGAUUUGCUCUGGAUGCUGAGGAGAGGAACUGCACAGACAUCGACGAGUGUCGCAUCUCCCCCGACCUGUGUGGCCACGGCUCCUGUGUCAACACCCCGGGCAGCUUCGAGUGCGAGUGCUUCGAGGGCUACGAGAGCGGCUUCAUGAUGAUGAAGAACUGCAUGGACAUCGACGAGUGCACCAUCACCAACGGCGGCUGUGACACUCACUGCUCCAACUCCGAGGGCAGCUACGAGUGCAGCUGCAGCGAGGGCUACGCCCUGAUGCCGGACAAGAGGUCCUGUGCAGAUAUUGAUGAGUGUGAGGACAACCCCGACAUCUGUGACGGGGGGCAGUGCACCAACAUCCCCGGGGAGUAUCGCUGCCUCUGCUUCGACGGCUUCAUGGCAUCCCUGGACAUGAAGACGUGCAUUGAUGUGAACGAGUGCGACCUCAACCCCAACAUCUGCCUGCACGGCGAGUGUGAGAACACCAAGGGCUCCUUCAUCUGCCACUGCCAGCUGGGCUACUUCGUCAAGAAAGGGACCACGGGCUGCACAGACAUCGAUGAGUGCGAGAUCGGGGCUCACAACUGUGACAUGCACGCGUCCUGCAUCAACGUCCCCGGCAGCUUCAAGUGCAAAUGUCGCUCGGGCUGGCUCGGGGAUGGGCUCAAGUGCAACGACCUGGAUGAGUGUGCAACUGAGGAGCACAAGUGCAACCUGAACGCCAACUGUGUGAACACGCCGGGCUCGUAUCGCUGCGCCUGCCGCGACGGCUUCAACGGCGACGGCUUCUCCUGCUCGGAUACCCGGGUUGGGAAUUGCUUCCUGGACACGCAGGACCGAGGGGAUGGGGGCAUCUCCUGCAGCGCUGAGAUCGGCGUGGGCGUCACCCGAGCCUCCUGCUGCUGCUCCCUGGGCCGAGCCUGGGGCAACCCCUGCGAGCUCUGUCCUCCAGCCAACACCACCGAGUACAAGACCUUGUGCCCUGGGGGAGAAGGGUUCCGGCCCAACCCCAUCACUGUCAUCCUGGAGGACAUUGAUGAGUGCCAGGAGCUGCCAGGGCUGUGCCAGGGCGGGAACUGCGUCAACACCUUCGGCAGCUUCCAGUGCGAGUGUCCCCUGGGCUACUACCUCAACGAGGACACCCGGAUCUGUGAAGAUAUCGACGAGUGCUCUGCCCACAUCGGGAUCUGUGGCCCUGGCACCUGCUACAACACCCUGGGCAACUACACCUGCGUGUGCCCCCCCGAGUACAUGCAGGUCAACGGGGGCAACAACUGCAUGGACAUGAGGAAAAGCGUUUGCUACCGCAACUACAACGACACGUGCGAGAACGAGCUGUCCUUCAACAUGACCAAGAAGAUGUGCUGCUGCUCCUACAACAUUGGCAAAGCCUGGAACAAACCCUGCGAGCCCUGUCCCACCCCUGCCAGCCCCGAGUACCAGAUCCUGUGUGGGAACCAAGCCCCCGGAUUUAUCAUCGACAUCCACACAGGGAAACCCAUCGGUGACAGUGGGGAGACGCUGUGCCAGCGCCACGCCGAGUGCGUCAACAUCCCGGGCAGCUUCCGCUGCGAGUGCGCCACGGGAUACCGGCUGUCCCCGGGGGGCGCCUGCGUGGGUCGCAACGAGUGCCAGGAGAUCCCCAACGUGUGCAGCCACGGGGACUGCGUGGACACCGAGGGCAGCUACGUCUGCAUCUGCCACAACGGCUUCAAGGCCACCGGGGAGCAGACCAUGUGCAUGGACAUCGAUGAGUGUGACCGGCAGCCGUGCGGCAACGGCACCUGCAAGAACACCGUGGGCUCCUACAACUGCCUGUGCUUCCCGGGCUUCGAGCUCACCCACAACAACGACUGCAUGGACGUGGAUGAGUGCUCGUCGCUGGUGGGGCAGGUGUGCAGGAACGGGCAGUGCAUCAACAGCGUGGGCUCCUUCCAGUGCCUGUGCCAGGAGGGCUACGACCGCACCCCCGACGGCAAGAACUGCGUGGACAUCAAUGAGUGUGUGAGCCUGCCCGGGACCUGCUCCCCUGGCACCUGCCAGAACCUGGAGGGCUCCUUCCGCUGCAUCUGCCCCCCGGGCUACGAGGUGCAGAACGACAACUGCAUCGACAUCAACGAGUGCGAGGAGGAGCCCAACAUUUGUCUUUUUGGGACGUGCACCAACACCCCCGGCAGCUUCCAGUGCGUGUGUCCCCCGGGCUUUGUUCUGUCCGACAACGGCCGCCGCUGCUUCGACACUCGCCAGAGCUUCUGCUUCACUCGCUUCGACAACGGCAAGUGCUCCGUGCCCAAGGCUUUCAACACCACCAAGGCUCGGUGCUGCUGCAGCAAAAUGCCAGGGGAGGGGUGGGGAGACCCCUGCGAGCUGUGCCCGCAGGAGGGCAACGUUGCUUUCCAGGAGCUGUGUCCGUACGGCCACGGGGCCAUCCCAGGCCCAGGUGACACCCGGGAAGACGUGAACGAGUGCUCGGAGAACCUGGGGGUGUGCAUCAACGGCGCCUGCAUCAACACCGACGGCUCCUUCCGCUGCGAGUGCCCCUUCGGCUACAACCUGGACUACACCGGGGUCAACUGCGUGGACACGGAUGAGUGCUCCAUUGGCAAUCCCUGUGGCAAUGGCACCUGCACCAACGUGGUGGGAGGCUUCGAGUGUGCCUGCGACGAGGGCUUCGAGCCAGGGCCCAUGAUGACCUGUGAAGACAUCAACGAGUGCUCCCUGAACCCCCUGCUCUGCGCCUUCCGCUGCAUCAACACCUUCGGCUCCUACGAGUGCACCUGCCCCUCUGGCUACGCCCUGCGGGAGGACAGGAGGAUGUGCAGAGAUCUGGACGAGUGUGCAGAGGGGCUGCACGACUGCGAGUCCCGGGGGAUGCUCUGCAAGAACCUCAUCGGCACCUUCAUGUGCAUCUGCCCCCCCGGCAUGCAGCGCAGGCCCGACGGCGAGGGCUGCACAGAUGAGAACGAGUGCAGGACCAAGCCCGGGAUCUGCCCCAACGGGCGCUGUGUGAACACGGCCGGCAGUUACCGCUGCGACUGCAACGAGGGCUUCGAAGUCAGCGCCUCGGGCACGGAAUGCAUCGACACCCGGCAGGGUUUCUGCUUCACGGAGGUGCUGCAGACCAUGUGCCAGAUGUCCUCCACCAACCGCAACCUGGUCACCAAGUCCGAGUGCUGCUGCAACAGCGGGCGCAGCUGGGGCCCCCAGUGCGAGCUGUGCCCCCUGCCUGGCACUGCCCACUACAAGAAAAUGUGUCCCCACGGCCCUGGCUACUCCACGGAUGGCAGAGACAUCGAUGAGUGCAAGGUGCUGCCCAACCUGUGCAGGAACGGGCAGUGCAUCAACAGCAUCGGCUCCUUCCGCUGCCACUGCCGGCUGGGCUACACCCCGGACAUCACGGGCACGGCCUGCCAGGAUCUGGACGAGUGUAACCAGUCCCCAAAGCCCUGCAACUUCAUCUGCAAGAACACCGAGGGCAGCUACCAGUGCUCGUGCCCUCGGGGCUACAUCCUGCAGGAGGAUGGCAAAAUCUGCAAAGAUUUGGAUGAGUGUUCCACCAAGCAGCACAACUGCCAGUUCCUGUGUGUCAACGUCAUCGGGGGCUUCAACUGCAAGUGCCCCCCUGGCUUCACCCAGCACCACUCGUCCUGCAUUGGUGACCAGGACGAGGCACAGGAGCAGCCUGGAGGGUCCCUGAGCCCGGGACAGGGGACAAGGGGACAAGGGGGCAGUGUCUCACUCCCUGUGUGUCCCCUGGCUGCAGAUGUGGACGAGUGUGAUGGGAACCACCGGUGCCAGCACGGCUGCCAGAACGUGCUCGGGGGCUACCGCUGUGGCUGCCCCCAGGGCUACGUGCAGCACUACCAGUGGAACCAGUGCGUGGAUGAGAACGAGUGCUCCAGCCCCUCUGCCUGUGGCUCUGCCUCCUGCUACAACACCCUGGGCAGCUUCAAGUGCGUUUGUCCCUCGGGCUUCGACUUCGACCAAACCUUCGGGGGCUGCCAGGACGUGGACGAGUGCUCGGCCGGGGGCAGCCCCUGCAGCUACGGCUGCUCCAACACGGACGGGGGUUACCUGUGCGGCUGCCCCGGGGGCUACUUCAGGGCAGGACAGGGCCACUGCAUUUCUGGUUUGGGAUUUGGGAAGGGUCCCUACCUGCCUGCCCCCCAGGAGGAGGAUGAGGACAACCUGCUGUCCCCUGAGACCUGCUACGAGUGCAAGAUCAACGGGUACCCCAAGAGGGGCCGGCAGCGGCGCAGCGCCAACGGCACCGAGGGGCACCAGGAGCACUCUGUGAAUUUGGCCAGCAUGGACGUGGAGGCUCCUGUAUCCAUGACCCUGAACCUGUCGGAGCUGGCACACAAGGAGCACAUCCUGGAGCUGCUGCCAGCCCUGGAACCUUUGGAGAACCGGGUUCGUUACACCAUAGCCCAGGGCAACGAGGAGGGGCUGUUCAGGAUCCACCAUAAAGAAGGGCUCAGUUUUCUGCACCUCGGCCGUAAGAAAAUCCUGCCGGGCACGUACCUGCUGGAAAUCGUGAGCGUGGCCCUGCCCCGCCGCAGGGAAUUGCACAAACUCGACGCCAACAAUCACCUCGACUACUUGGCAGGGGAGCUGGGCCAGGCACUGAGGAUGAAGCUGCAGCUCCAGCUCUACUAA